AGUACUAGCUUCCAGUAACUAUGCCUGGUCUACCCAACGCAACAGAAGCCUUUGUCACCCUGGUAACAAACCCCGAAUAUGGACUUGGUGCAGCAGUGCUAGGCUACAAACUCAGGGCCGUGGGAACUACACGUGCUACUGUUGUCAUGGUUACGGAGACUGUACCAGAGACCACUAGAGCUAUGCUCGCUAAGACCUGGGAUAAAGUGCUGGAUGUCACACAGCUGGAUAGUAAGGAUAGUGAUAGACUUGCUAUGUUGAAGAGACCUGAACUUGGGAUUACUUUCUCCAAGCUUAACGUGUGGAAACUCAAUCAGUAUAAAAAAGUAGUUUUUGUUGAUGCAGACACCAUGCCCCUCUCCAAUAUAGACGACCUGUUCCAGUAUGAGGAGCUGUCCGCCUGCAGAGAUGCGGGGUGGCCUGACUGCUUCAACACCGGACUCUUCGUUCUAGCACCUUCUCCAGACACAUAUAAAGCUAUAAUGAAGCGAGCGUGCGAGGAAGGGUCAUUUGACGGAGGGGACCAGGGGCUGCUAAACGCUCACUUCAACACGUGGUCCCACGGUGACAUUAGCAAGCACAUCCCCUUCUCCUACAAUGUGAACCCCAACGCUAGUUACACCUAUCUGCCUGCUUACAAACACUUUGCUGAUCAGGUCAAGAUGGUACAUUUCCUGGGAGCUGUUAAACCUUGGCAUUAUCAGUAUGCUAACGGCAAGGUACAAGGACAAAACCUGACUGAGCAUACCCGCAAGUUCCUGGAGGACUGGCACAAAGUAGCUGAGAUGGUCAAACAGAGCUACUACCAACCAACUUCAGCUGCUCCCUACGUGCCCCCGAUAUCUACUGGUUCUACUAAACCUGCUGCUCCGUCCAGUCACGUGGUACCUGAUGACGUCAGCAGUGUUCUGUCACACAUCACAGCUCAAAUAAAGAACAAGGAGAAGGCUAAGUCUUCAAUGUACUAGAUUGCGAGCCUCUGUUGCGAGCCUUUGUUGCGAGCCUCUGUUGCGAGCCUUUGUUGUGAGCCUAGCUCAUUGAAGAAACGUUACCCUGCAUGGUUUGAGGGUCGGAGUAAUUACCUUUUUUAUGAGACUGUUCACUGCACACUUACUGUUAUACUUCAUGUGCAGAAUUAGUUAUAACAUAAUGGUGAUCUGACUUCAUUCUCACCUGUAAAAGUGGAAAAUAAGUUAAUCACUAAUAUUUAAUUAUACUUAAUUCUGAGCUACCAUGUAAAAGACAGUGAGCAUAGUUUACUAUGUGUGCAUUGAACAGAUCUUAAUACAUUUGUAGUAGUGUUAAAACUUGAAAAUUUUAUUUUAUAAUUUUCUGUUCGUUGAAGAUUUUGUGAAUGUUAGAAAUGUUAGAAUUUAUAGUAGUUGUUAUAUUCGGAUAUAUUACAUAUUAUUAUGAACAAGGUUUUAAAAUUAAUCGUUUUAAAUGUUUAAUACUUAAUGUUUCUAUCGCAUGUACUUUGCGAUGCAUCUUUUUUGGCUCUCGCAACGUAUUAUAUUUUUGUAUUUUAAAUGUAUCUUUACUUGAAUCAAGAUUUGAUAUUGGCUCAUCUGAGCUAGUUUUACAAGAUUUUAAAGCGUUGAUCGCUAAUUUAUUAUGAAAUUAAUAUUCAUCAAUUUUUACAAAACGUUUUUGAUUCUAAUACGAAUAACUAUGGUUAGUACCAGUAUUUCCGAUUUAACAUUUUUAUUAUGAUUCACAUUAUAAAUACACACUGUACGAAUUCGAUUUAUUAUCUUGAUUCAUGAAA